UUCAUCGCAACAGAGCGCGGAAUUUAUUUGUAUGAGGAAAUAAUUCAGCCGGUAGUCGUUUGAGUUUACAUUUCAAGUCCGAUAACUGAACAAGCGAGAUCAGUAUGGAUGCAGCAACGGUAACCGAUGAAAAUGCCACGCCAGAUCUAGAACAUCCAGCAGACGCACAAUACAUUUGGAUACCCAUAGUCGUCUUGGUGGGAAUUAUUUUGCUCUCGGCAGGGGUGUAUGCGAUGUCACGUAGCCGACAAUGCUUUAUGUGCUUCUGUUAUAAGCGUAAAAAUGUGCGACACGGUUAUGUCAAUAUUAAUGCUGAUGAGGAUUCUGACGUGUCCAUGGCCUGUGGCGAAGAACCUCAUGACGACCAGAAUGCUACAGAUUGUCUACUAACCGGCCGUCUUCAAAUAGAAACUCGUCCUGCGUCCUUUCAAACAACACCAGUGUCCCUAUAAAUGCUGUACAGCAUCCUAUAAGACUACACAACACGUAAACAUCACGUAAUAGCUUCCAUAUGUUUUAUUGUCUACAUUGUUCCGUCGCAGCUGUAGUAUUAAACUAAUGUGCCUCAGUUUUAAGCUAAUUAUCUCUAUUUGCGGCGCCCAGUAGGCGCGUUGUUAAAUCAUAGAAACCAAAAAAGAAUGCACCGCCCAAUGUGAUCCAAAGAACGCGCGGCACAAAGCCAGCAAAGAGUCUGCAUUAAGUGUAAACAAUAGAUAAUAAAUAAAAUAAUUAUUCACUGACGUUUACAUACC